AUGGCGGCGCCCUCGCCGCCGCGCGGCGUGGACGCGCCGCCGCUCGCGGAGCUGAUGCCGAUGUUCCCGGAUCUCGUCAUCACCCCGGAGGAACUCGCGCACGUCACGGAUAACGUCCACGAGUUCAUGGUGAUGUGCCUCCCCGAGGCGUACGUCCGCGCGAUCCCAGGCCUCGUCCCGAACGUCUCCGGGGACGCCGCGGAGACGUCGCCGCCGCCGGAGGCGAUCCUCGCGUCCCCGCCGGGGACGCCGCCGCCGACGAGGAAGCCCGCGGCGUCGGUGCCGGAGCACGCGCCGAGUCCGCCGCCGCCGCCGCCGCUGCGCGUCGACGACGACGUGGACGUGGACGACACCGCGAACGAGUCCGGCGGCGGCGGCGGCGCGGAGAGAAGAGGGAAGAAGACGCUGUGGAUCGGACGCGCGCGCGAGCUCGGGGCGGAGCUCCGGAGACUCGCGGCGAAGGUUGGCGCGACGACGACGACGACGACGACGACGACGGGCGAGACGGGGGAGUCUGAGCCCGAGCCCGAGCCCGGACUCGGGAUGGAGGCAUUCCACGCGAUCGCGGCGUUAGACGACGCCGUGAGCGUCCACGGCGACGCGAAGCCCGCGGUGUUUUUCCUCGCCGGCAGCGGCGGCGUCGCGGGGGAUUCGCUUCGGUACCUGCGCGUGUUCGCGUCGCUCGGCCACGUCGCGAUGAGCCCCGACGACUUCGCCGGCUGGCCGACGCGUCUGCGCUCGCGGCCGCCGCGGUCGGUGUCGCGCGACGAACCGAACGGGUACUGGGAGCAAAACUUGCUGUACGCCGCGAAAACGCCCGCGUCUGGGACGUUAGUGUACCAGUCCUGCGCCGAGCAGUUCGCGAGCAGCGACCGCCUGGCGUUGGUGUACGACACGACGCUCAAGGUGAAACACGCGGCGCUGACGUCGCUGCUGACGCAGCUUCCCGAGCGCGUCGCGUCCCGGGGGAUAUUUUUGGCGGGAAACAGCGAAGGCGCGGUCGUGCUCGGGAUGAUGGACGACAAAUCGUGGCGGCCGGACGACCGCGAGGACGACGACCGAGACGCGCUGCUCGGCAGGGUCAACAUCGCGUACUCGCUCGAGCCCAACUACUUCACCUACCACACGCUGAAGCGCGUGCGCACGGGGGAGUCUGACCUGUCGUUUCCGGGGACCCCGAGCUCGCGGUCGCUGGCCGGGAUGGCGGGCGGCGGGUCGUCGCGCGGCGACUUGGAGCUCUCCGGCGGCGGCGGCGGCGGCGACGGCGACGACGACGCGAGCGCGGCGAGCGCGGCGGGGGACUCGCGCGCGAGUCUGGCGACGACGGCGACGGACGAGGACGUCUCGUCGCACGGCGGGCGGUCCGCGCGGUGCAGCGAGAACGACGGCGGCGGCGGCGGCGCGACGACGACGACGACGGCCAGCCAGAGGAACAACGAAGCGAACGCGGCGACGGGGGUGUUCGGAAGCCGCUGGCGCCGCGACAUCCCGACGCUGUGCGUCAACGGCAGCGAGGACCAAUUCUUCGGCCGACGCGGCAGCGUCUCCGAGAACGUCGUCCGCCUCCUCUCGCGCGACGCCUCGAACCGGCCGCACAUCACCGGCGACGCCGGGCAGCGCAUCGCGGAGCUCGGUAUGAACGUCGCGCUCGUGGCGCAGAUGGAAGGCGCGCGGCACGCGAUGUUGUCGACGCACGACGCGCUCCUGCGCGAGCUCUUGCGCGAUUUUCUCUCCUCCCCGCGCUCGUGCGUCACCCUCCCGGAGCGGUGGACCGCGCACGAGACGAUGGCGGACGCGCUGCUGUGGCACUCGAUCAUCACCCCGGGGAAGGUGUCGUUCGCGUCCGUCGCGUCCGCGGCGACGAUGGCGGCGAGGGCGCGAGGGCGCGAGAAGGGCGCGGAGAAGGGGGAGCGGGGGUCGCGGGGGUCGCGGUCGCCUAAGAGCGGCGGCGGCGGNGGCGGCGGCGGCGCGUUCGCGGGGCUCGCGCGUCGGUUCGGUCGGCGCGGCUGCGAGCCGUCCAUCUCCGUGGCGGCGGGGAGCGGCGGAGGCGGCGGCGGCAGCAGGGCGGUGUUCGAGGCGCCGGUGGUCGCGGGGAGCGGCGCGAGGGAGCACGGGAGGUACUCGCUGGACUCGGCGGAGCGAAUUAGAAUCGGCGCGGGGAUCGCGGACGCCGGCGGGACGUUGUCGCCGAUCGGCAGCGAAGGCGGCAGCGCGCGAACCAGCGUGUCGGAGGCGAGCGUGAGAGUGUCGUUGGACGAGCCGCGAUCGCGAACGCCGAUCGCGGUGGAAGGCGGCGUCGCCGCGGUCGCGGAGAUCGCCGCGGAGGAAGCGGCGGCGCCGCCGCCGCCGCCGCCGCCGGAGCCGAAGAAGGGCUUCCUCGACAAGAUGAUGAAGAGCCUGAACAUCAAGUAG